AUGUCCACUGCUUCCCUCUCCGCCUGUCCUCCUGCGACCUUCAGUGGCGUCGACAGAUACUACACGGCCGAAACCUAUCUACUGCCUCAUGACGAGGAUGAGCGUGAGAGACUCCAGUUACAGCAUGAUAUGCUUAUGAAGUACACGAAGUCGCUCAUUCCGCCGUCCCUGGUACUAGCUGAUGGGGACAAGGUCCUAGAUGCCGGCACAGGUUCAGGUGUUUGGCUGCUAGAAGUGGCUCGUAUGGUGCCCUCCACGAUUGCCUUAACCGGUAUCGACAUAGAGAAACGGCUGUUCCCCCAGCCGUCGUCCAACACGAAGUUCAUGGUGCAAACUACCCUCAGUCUCCCUGAAGGCUGGAAUUCUCGAUUUGCUCUAGUCCAUCAGCGAUUAAUGGUAGCUGCGUUCAGUCGAGAGGCCUGGAAAGCCUGUAUUUCCGAGUUCUUCCGAGUUCUACAACCCGGAGGCUGGCUGCAGCUAGAGGAGAUAGAUUUUCUUGGCGUUCUGGAAGAAGCCGAGAUCCCGCCUCUAACACACCGAUUCUGGAUGGGCGCCCGUGUGCUUUGUGAAGCCCGGGGUGUCAGCUCCGAUUGUCUCCUCAGAAUUCCGGAUCUUCUUGAAGAAGCUGGAUUCACGGCUCUUCGGAUGAUCAAGACGCGAAUCCCGUACGGAAGUGAUAAGAGCGCUAGACGGGCUGGCAUUGGGGCCUGGAAGGGGAUGAAAGCUCCAUUCUUGAAAGCAGGUGGCUUUGACGUUGCACGCACCAGCGAAGAAUAUGACGACUUCAUGGAUCAAGUUGAAAAUGAAUGGCGAAGAUUGCACUUUAAACGAACGUAUGCCACAUGGACUGCCAGGAAGCCAUUAUGA